CUCGCGCUCCAACACGCGCGCGCUCGUGACACAGAACCCUGCGAAAACGCAAACGGCGCGGCGCGGCGCACGCAAGUGGCCGUGCAGCAAGUGGCGGCGUGCACUCCUCUCCGACCGUGUGUGACUGCCCACAUCGGGAAAUCACGUCAGGUGGUGGGACCCUCCUCGCUGGGAUCUCGCGCGACGCACGGUAGGCUCCUCGAACACCGUCGUCCUCAUUAUCCCAUGAGGGGAUGAGCACUGGAGCAGGAGAUGGAGGUGGCGGCGGUGUCGGAGGUGUCCAGAGCAGCGGCGGCGGUAGGAACACCCCGCCGCAUGGCUCGCCCACCCCCAUGGACAAGGCGACCUUAAAAGUCCAUCUUCCGAACGGUGGCUUUAAUGUCGUCAAAUUCGGCGAUGCGAUCGACGUUAGGGGUAUCAUCUCUUUGGUAACUAGUCGACUAGCCGUUGGUACUAGACAUUAUCGAAAUCUGUACGCGAUGAGGCUACACCAUCCCGGAUCCGGAGAGAGUUAUUGGUUGCAUCAGGAUACAACGAUGUAUCAGGUACAAGAAAAGUAUGAGCGAAAACAUCCGCAUUGCGAGUGGAGGUACGAGUUGCGAGUGCGUUAUCUUCCUCAGAACCUGAAUGAUCUCUAUGAGAAGGACAAAGUCACAUUUUACUACUAUUACGAUCAGGUGCGAAAUGAUUACCUGCUUGCGAAUCACGCCACUCUGGAUCAGGACGUCGCGGUACAGCUCUGCUGCCUGGAGAUCCGCUAUUUUUUCAAGGACAUGCCGCAAAUCGCCCUGGACAAGAAGAGCAAUCUGGAAUACCUGGAGCGUGAGGUUGGUCUACACAAAUUCCUGCCGCGCUCCGUGCUGAACGGAAUGAAGCCGAAGGCGCUCCGAAAGUUGAUACAGCAACACUUUAAAAAAGUCGCGGCGUUGUCCGAACUCGAGUGCAUGUUCAAAUUCUUCGAUCUGCUGCGGGCGCACUAUCGAUUCGAUCAGGAGAGAUUUAUAUGCGCCUUAGGGUCAAGCUGGUCAAUACCUGUAGAACUAGUCAUCGGACCGGACUUGGGUAUAUCUUACAUGGCUCAUCGGGGCGGAACUGUACCAACGAGAAUGGCAGAAUUUUCGCAAAUACAGUCCAUCCAAACGUUGGUGUCGGAUUGCAAAGAGCACGCGAAGGCGUGCAUUAAACUGAGGGUCGCCGGUGCCGCGGAGACACUCAGUAUUACUUGUUCCAGUCUGGAUCAAGCGGAAAGCCUCGCGGAUUUGAUUGAUGGCUACUGUAGAUUGGUCACAGGCAGCAAUACAUCAUUGUGGAACAGAAAAGCUGGAUCGUGGAAAAAUUAUCCCUGUCCAUGCAAAGAUGCACAACCGCCGAAAUACAGGCAGGAUGGUACCAGCAGUCCAGCGGAAAAGAACGCGGGUAAAACUGGGACUAUCUUGUCCGAAGAUUAUGCGGAGAUCGUCGACGAAGAAGGGGAUUAUUCGACGCCAGCUACUCGAGAUUAUGAGAUAGUUCGAAAUCAAGUAGAAUUAGGCGAAAUCAUAGGCGAGGGACAAUUUGGUAACGUACAUAAGGGUUCGUACAAAGGAAGGGAUGGUCAAACUAUCGCCGUUGCCGUCAAGACUUGCAAGGUCGAUGCGGAUCUUGCCACUGCCGAGAAAUUCCUCGAGGAGGCUUAUAUAAUGCAACAGUUCGAGCAUCCGCAUAUUAUCAGAUUAAUCGGGGUCUGUUCAGAGGCGCCGAUUUGGCUCGUGAUGGAAUUAGCCAGACUCGGAGAGAUGCGCGCUUAUCUGCAGUCAAAUAAACACCGUCUGGACCUUGCCACACUUCUACUGUAUACCUUCCAAUUGAGCACUGCCCUCUCAUAUCUUGAAAGCAAGAAAUUCGUGCACAGAGACAUCGCGGCAAGAAACGUGCUGGUUUCGUCGCACAACUGCGUCAAAUUGGCGGACUUCGGCCUUAGUAGAUGGGUGGAAGAUCAGAGUUACUAUACCGCGAGCAAAUGUAAGCUGCCAAUCAAAUGGAUGGCGCCGGAAAGCAUAAACUUCCGAAGAUUUACGACUUCGUCCGACGUUUGGAUGUUUGGUGUAUGUAUGUGGGAAAUUUUGAUGUUAGGCGUAAAACCAUUCCAAGGCGUGAAGAAUAACGAAGUGAUACGCAAGCUGGAGAACGGAGAAAGACUCGCGCUUCCCAAUCACUGUCCGCCACGAUUAUACUCUCUAAUGUCUCAGUGUUGGAGCUACGAACCCAGCAAGAGACCGACGUUCAAAGAAAUUAGAGAGACUUUACACGAGAUUUUGUUAGAAGAAAAACAUCAGCAGCAGGAGACGAUGAGACGAGAGAACAGAAGGGUACAAGCCAUGUCCUGGGGUGCAGACGAUGUGCCGCCACCGAAACCCUCCCGGCAACCGCAAAGUACGACGGAGCAGUCGCAAUUGUCCGCGGCGCCGGUGUCCACGUACAUCGUCGCGCAAAGUCCCGAGGUGCUCGCGCAGCUACUCAAGGACAACCAAGCCAGAGGGGUAUGUCCCUCCGUGUACACGACACCCGCGUCCCCCUUCAACACCCUGGCGGUGCAAUUUCAGGACGAGGAUCAAGUCCUGACCACCGCCCUAGUGUCCGACUUACCCUUCUUCGACCCCGCGCUCUCCGAACCGCCGUCCAUCACCGCGCUCGACACCACCCAGUCGGGCGGUGACUCCACUCUCUCCGACACCAAUCUGGACUCCCUCGAUUCCACGGAUAACACUCCCCUCAUGUCGAGCCUGAGCAUUUCAGACACGGCAGCGCAGACGCAGUCGCCCGCCGCCAACCGAAAGCAGCAGAAGGUUAAAGAGAUGCAAAACUUGUACGCGGUUAGUUCGAAGGUGGUCAGUAGCAACACGGGGGGGGACCUGUACUCCCCCGUGCAGAAAUUCUCCGUGUCCAGCGCCGUUCCGCCGCCGGCCGCGGCCGCGUCAGUCGCCCCGCCGUCGGCCGCGGUCGCGGGCAACACCUGCGGCGAGAUAUACGGACCGGUCGCUAGUUUCACCCAGAGCUCGGCUAUCGUUGGUAAUCUCAGUCAAAGCGCUAGCUUAGGUGGUAAUUACGGUGAGAAUCCCGGGAACUUCGGCCCUAGUAGUUUAGGCAGCAGUAUUGUAAUAACGAAUAGUGGUAGCCAAGCGCAGUUCGCCAGCGUCGGCGUUAGUAGUAGUAGUAGCAGCGGCGGCGGCGGUGGUGGUGGUGGUGGUAGUGGCGUUAUUUACUCUCGUAAUAUUAGCCCGGCGAACGUAGUAGGUAGUUCCGUGUCCAAUGCGGAAUGUUUGUACGGUCCGGUGCUCAAGUUCCGCGCGCAGAACGCCCAACCGCAGUUGGCCGUAGCCGCGACCGCGACCGCGACCGCGGGCGAGUUGAAGCCCGUCGGCGCGGCAGUCGGAAAUUACGGUCAAGCCGGCAGAGGCAAUCUGGUGGCGCAGAGUCUGCAGUCGCAGCCGAUGUAUGCGCAGAAUUAUCCGCACCAGCAGAUCUACUCGAACAUCGCCCAGCCGGGACAGCAGCCCAUGUAUCUGCUGCAAAUGCAGCACGCGCAGAAUAUCACGCGGCAGAACGCGGCCGUGCCCCAGGCGGUGUCCUACGCGGCGAUACAGCACACUAAUCAGCAGCAGUCCCAGCUGAGCGGCGCCAGUCCCAUUUACACGGCCCACGCCGCGUCCGUGUCGGUGGUCCAAGCUCAGAAGGUGCACAUGCCGAAUUACGCUCACCAACCGCAGCCCGGGAUCAGCGGCGGUCAAGCGGCCGCGACUGCUCAAGCGACCGGCGCUUCGAAUCAAUCGGCGAGCAUUGGGAUAAUGCAAGCUUCCUCCUCCGUUCCAUCGCACUUCGUCAUGUCGUCCUCGGCGACCCAACAGGGCGUCCAUUCGAUCCCGUACAUGGUAGACCAACCACAGCAACCGAGUUCCCUCGGCUCGAUCGAUUAUACUCACGUUAACGUCGGCAACGUAAUGACGAGUAUGAAUACCGGUGCGCACCAACAGCAAGCGGUGGCGCAACCGCAGAUGGCCGGCGGCGUCGCCGCGAAGGCGGCGAUUAUAUCGCAAGUCGCGACCGGCGUCGCCAAGAUCACCACCUUCGUGACCACGCAAAAGCAGGACGAGCAGUUGACGAGCUCGACCGACGGCACGCUCUCCGGCUCUUUGAUCUCUUCCGCUGUCAGCGACAGCACCGUGUCGUCUAGCAGCUCGAUGACAGAGGAGGCACAACAAGAUCAGAGAAACGUACAUUCGCAACUGUUCGACAGCAUGAUUGACAAUUUCAACAGCGGCAUUGACGACGAGCAGAAGCUACUGGAGCAACGGUUGUUGGAACAACAACGACAGUCCGAAGAGGAUAGCCGCUGGCUCGCUAGAGAAGAGAAACGCUUAUCGAUUGCUACGAGUGGUGAUGAAAGUGCUAGUCCCCCGAUUCCACGAUCGGUUACUCAAUCACCGAGCCACGAGCCGCAUUCUGCCAAUACUGGCUCCCUCGGCUCGGACAAGAGUUCUGAUAAAGUAAUUGUAGUAAAGAAGAUGGAACCUACUCCCACGGCAGAUUUAGACAGAACUAACGAUAAAGUAUACGAUUGCACGACAAGCGUCGUUCGUGCAGUUAUGUCAUUAUCGCAAGGUGUUCAACAGAGCAAGGCUGAUCAGUAUUUAGACCUAGUGCGUAGAGUAGGUAUCGAAUUAAGAGCAUUACUAUCCUCCGUGGACGUUCUGGUAGAAAUAUUGCCAAUAUCCGCGCAUCGCGAAGUAGAAAUGGCACACAAGGUGUUAAGCAAGGAUAUGGCGGAGCUCGUCGCCGCCAUGAAACUGGCGCAAAAUUACAGCGCCACUACGUUGGAUGCUGAAUAUCGAAAGGGAAUGCUUUCCGCGGCUCAUAUCUUGGCCAUGGACGCGAAGAAUCUCUUAGACGUAAUCGAUUCCAUCCGCAUUCGUUAUCCGUACGUGGACAGUCAGAUUUGCCAAAGGCAGUGCGAUGUUGUUAACCGUACGCGGGAAUCCACGCCCGAGAAUCGCAUUCGCUCGAGUCAGUCGGGCGAGCAGUUCCUGAGGAGAAGUCAGUCGACCGAACGACAAGGAUCGACCUUCAGACAGAGCCAAAGCGGUGAUUUGUUGCACAGAAUGGGUCAGUCCGUAGACCGAUCUUCGCCGGGAAGCCAAUCCGAUCUCAAUUCCGGCAGCAGCUUAGAAAGAAGACACAAUAUAGUAACUAACAGUCUUGAACGUAACUCAACGGCGAGAAGGCAAAUGGCGACUAAUAGUUUAGAGAGGAAGAGACCCUCACUGACGUGUAACGCGGGGCCUAUGAAUAAUUCUAUUAAUUGUCUGCCUAUGGUGCCAGUCACUUGCAAUUUGGUACAGACUGCGAGUCCCGUCAUACAUCCGAGUCAGUCGGUCACGACGGGCGUCAAUCAACAGACUGUGUUUACGGCCAACAGUAAAGUCGCAAAUGAGACUUCGGUGAACGACAGCUAACAACGAGGUGCCUUAAAUUGAGGACUACUUCGGAUCAUUGCUUAGCACGUGUAUAUAAAUAGACGAUAUACUACCAAGUUACCCGUGUGUACACAUCUACAUCGUCGAUAACUUUAACAACGGGAGAAUCUAGUAUUUGUGCUUUUCAGCUCUUUUUAACAUUUAAAUAAAUGCAGACAUUUUAUCUACGCGUACUUAUGGAUAAGCCAGUAUUCGUUAGUCAUAAUGGUAGAGUAGGAAGUUUAUCACUAGAGAAUUUAAGUCACAGCUAUAAUGAAAUCACAACUCCAAAGGAUUUAGGAUUAUCGUUACUAUUUGUUAUGCAUCGGAUGUCCCAACGAGAUUUGAAUUGAGCGUCAUUUUCAUCUUGCAGCCGCUCACAUUUGGGACACAUGGAUCCCAAAUCAAGUAAAGACGGAGUUAGAUCCUAAAAAAUUAGAGGCCGUACGAUAAUUUCCUAGGCCUAAAAUGUUUAAAAAUAUUAAGCAAUUCCUUCCACUAGCGGGAUAUUAUAAAAGAUUUAUUAAAAUCAAGUUUGGUUGAAAAUUUCGUCAAAAGAGCAAGAGUAUAAGAGACAUUUGUUGGAUAUUGUGUUCCACACUUAAUCGCAAUUAUACUAAAAUGAAACUAUCAACACUUCGAAUAAGUGUUUUAUUAAAAAAUUAAAUCUUGCACUCUAAUUGGGACAUCCGAUACGAUGAGGCACGUACGAGGUGACGCAAAGUUGCGUUUUGUCAUGAAGACAGGAGCAUAGUGAUGCCAGUGAUUUUAUUAACAUUAAUAAAUGAGGCAAAGGUCAUCAAAUUUAUUUACACGCCGUUCGUAUUUAUUCCAGCAUCGCACAUUCGCGUUUUUUUUACUUUUGACAAUUUCUCGAUUUUAUCUACGUCAUCUCGUAUAAUCAGCUGAUAAUGUAUACGUACAUACAAACGUAUUUUAGAGGUGUGUAUGUAUAUGUUUAUAAAUAUAUAUUUAAAUGCGAACAAUAU